AUGGGUCGACUGAACUUCGCGACUGAUGAGGCUUCUCUCCUCAAAGCGUACAAACUGUCAACUCUCUCUCCGAGCAAGUGGGAGGAGACUGAUCAUGAGGACACCGUUGCAGGUCAAUUGGCUAGCCCUGGCGUCAACGGACCCAACGAAGGGGAGGGUGACCCACUCGGGCUCGGAGCAUAUGUCGACACCAGCGAGAUGGACAUGGACACUCGCGCAGCCAUCUCUAUUGCGUCGAAGUCUUUCGAUCCCAAAGCUUUUAUCUCCGUUGUACACCCCAACGCCACCUACCAGGAUCUAGGGGCAGGCAUUUCGAGACUUCGCGCGUCCAUCGACUCUAGGUCUGAGGCUAUCCGUGUUCUCGUGGAGGAUAAUUUUGACAGAUUUGUCGCUGUGAAAGCCUCUACGGAUGCACUUCACGCCGAAAUGCGCGAGGGAUUGUUGGCCGAAUCGACGGACUACGCCUCCAGGCCAUUGCGGGACCAACUCAAGCAGGCGGCCUCGAAGGCCAAUCAGGUCUUUCUCCCGGUUCUCGAAAAUGCGAACAAGGCCCAGAAGCUCAGGACUACCCUCGGCGUGUUCGAACGAUCCAAAUUCUUCUUCAAUCUACCGGCUUCGAUAGUCGAGUCUAUGCAAGUGGGUCGUUACGAAGCUGCAAUGCGUGAUUACAAGAAGGGCAAGUUUAUGCUCGAGUCACGUCCCGGCCAGCUUUUACCCAUUGGGUCUCAGAAGGAAGGCGAGGGCGCUGUGCUGGCUGAGAGACAGCAAAAGCGCAUACUAGAGAAGGUGUGGAGUACGGUUGAGAAAGCCAUGGGUGAAAUGAGGGCCUUGCUGUUGUCCCAGCUACAAGAUCCCGGCAGGCCUGUGGAGGAGCAGGAGAAAACUAUAGAGAUCCUCCUCGAACUGGACACAUCCGAUGAUCCUGUUUGGACUUACUUUGACUCGCAACAUAAAUACAUUAUGGAUUCCAUGAAGAGAACAUUCCGUGUCACGUCGGAUGCCGUACAGGCCAAGAAGCAUAGAGUGGAUCCACCGAUUUCUGGGUCAGAGGCUUCCAACCUCCUUCUAGCGGGACAGCUGCAAAAUUGUGUCACUGCUCUGAAAUCGAACCAACCUGACCUAGUGAUCGCCCAGUCUGGUGGUCAUGAAGUCUGGCAGUCCAUCUUAGAGACUGUGAAAGCGGUCUCAGAAGUCAUGAUCUCUGCAUUGCCAAACUUUUGGAGAGUGGGGAGGGCGUUUCUAGACGGGCGUUUCAAGAAGACUACUUCCACGUCUCGACGUAGUCCAAACCAGGUCGGCACGAUGGCGUUCGAUAUCAUCAAACUCUACAUCUCCAUCCUCUCCGAAUUCUUCCUUCUAUCCGACAAAGCCGUGGCCUCUCCGGCCGCUGGCAGCGCGAAGCCUCCUCCUUUCUUCCCUCUGAACAGUAAUGUAUUGACGACGGCGCAUUACCUCAUGAAAGUGCUGGGAGAAAUACAAGAGAGUGUCAACGAGAUAAAUUUGAUGGAGAUCAACACUGGACGCGGUAACGAUGUGAAUGCGACCCUGAAGGAACUGAUCGAAAGCGUUCGGUGGAAAUUUGAGGAUGUUCUAAUCACCGCAUGGCUCAGAGAUGCCACUCAGUUCUAUCAUCUCGAAACCUGGACUGCCUCCAUCGCGGAACCCUAUACUACGCUCUAUCUCUCGGACAUCCAACUCUUCGAAAAGCACAUCACCACUUGCGCCUUCAAAAUUGCAGGAGGUGUCGAUCUCUCCGCCUCCGCCUCGUCGUCACGCUUGGUGAAGCAGCAUGCUGUCGCCACCGAGUUCAAAUCCAAGAUCACCAAGGCCUUUGUGGAUACCUUGUAUGCGUUCCUAGACGGUAUGGUGAACUUGGCGAGUGAAGAGAGUCCUAUUGGAUUACGCGGUGUUGGUCAGGAACAAGGAGGUGCCGUGCAUCUUCAGGCGGAUGGUGCGGCCAGUUCAAAGCUCGGCAAGAUAUCGCAUUCGAAUUCCAUCACAGGCCCCAAUGCUUUUGACCAAUUAGACCUCGCAAGCAUAGAUACGAGAACCAUCCUAGUUUUGUCCAACCUUGACUAUUUGAGACGAAGUUUGAUACCUAGUAUGGUCAGCCAGCUGGAAAUAGCGUUCAACACAUCCAUCGAGGCAGAGAAGCAGACGUUGAUGACCGUGGUGCAAGAGCUCGACAAAACACUAUUCGGUGGUUAUGUGAAACCUAAAGCUGCCAUAGUCACAAGCAUAGUGCGGCGCGGUAUCCUGGACAGCGACAUGGACUGGUACGAAACGCCACAACCUACAGAAAUUCGCCCUUACAUGUACGAAACACUGAUGUUCCUUGUCGGUGUUCACGCUCAAGUCAGCAGCGCAGCUGCUCCGCUGCUUGAUCGAACGUUGAAUGCGCUGGUAGAGGACCUCGCGCAGGAGGCUUUGCGAUGCUUCCGACAAGUCAAGCGCUUCGGCAUGGGUGGCAUGCUCAGAGCAACCCUUGAGAUUGAAUUUAUGCACCAAACUCUUUCACGAUACGUCACUGCCUCUGCCAAUUCGAUGCUCUCGGAGCUCUACGAGAAGAUAUCGAAAGCUUAUGCCCGGAGACCUGGUGACGAGAACCUUCAGAGUCUUCUGGACGGCGUCAAGCGGACAUUGGCUGAGACACGUCGUGCGACGGGCAUCGAGUUUCUAUGCUUCAGGAUCACAAAGGAGCGCAGCUCUACCAAGGACAGGGAUAAAGCACAGGGCGGCAGCGGCAGCCUGAGCAGGAUUAAGGAUCGAGAGCGGAAGGAGAGCGAGUAUAGCACCGGGAGCGGAAGUUCGAGGAAGGACACUGACAAGAAUGAGAGGAACAGAAAGGAUACUGAUAACCAGAGGCCUGAACGAGACCGUGAGAGGGGUAGAAAAGACCCAGAGAGAUCAGCUCGAAGAGAUUAGAGGGACGGCACCGGCACCGUGAACUAGCAUAGUGUCCAUGUCUUCUCCUGUAUUGUUUAUUUUAUGUUGCGAAAUUGCAGUAUAGUAAUGUAGAGUCCAUGCAUUGAAAAGGUCCGAAUGAUAGGCCCCGGGGUCGUGAAACAGGACAAUUAUACUACAAGUGCAUCUUUCCUUGAAGUCCAUAGUGCGACCGGCAUGAGUUUUAGCUAAGGUACAGGGCAACACAGUCACCCGAGUUCGGAUUCAUGCUUCAGGCGAGAAGAUCCACUAGAAUAGUGAUGAUACCGAGGACAAUCUCAAGACCGAUGAGAACGAUCACGAUGGUUUCAAGACGUUCAGAGUGUCGGCUCAAGACAGACUCCUUGAGAAGUUGAAGCAUGUCCUGCAGCACCUCGACACGGGUAUUGAGAAGAUUGAUUCGUUGAGGUAGCUCCAAGUAGCUACGAGCCGCAUCGUACAAAGGCUGGAGAUCAGGAUACGUCCAGAAGACUUCAGGAGAGUCAAGAACAGACCCGACGGAGGCGAUAUUGGAACGCAGUAGGAAAACCUCCCCCAUCUUCUUCAUGAUUUCUUUGUGCGGCAUCCCUAUUUUUCCUGUCUCACUAAUGAUUUCCGGGUAUUCCUUGGUCUCUUCGAUAGUAGUGGAAAUGAGCUCUUCAAACAGAGAUAUCUUGACGGAUUGAGAUAGCGCAUGGGAUAGCGAAAGUUUCGUCAUAUAACUCGAUCCUUUGCGCAGGGUAAUCACAUCGUUAUAUAUGCGGCUGUAAUUGGCAUAGUAGAAGUUGAGGUCCUCCAUUUCUACUUCAUCGGGGCCAAGUUUUUCGACCUCAAAACGCUUUAGGGAGGACAAGAAGCGUUUCUCUUGUACCUCAGUCAUGCCCCAAAUAACGACCGUCCCAUAAGAAAAGAGAAAUAUUUCCGCCUCGAUUGCGCUCGUGUCGAACUUGCUCUUCUUCUUGACUGGAGGUACUUGUGCGUCAUUUACUCCGUCAAAAUCUGCAGGCGAUCGAAGCUCGGGAAUGCCGAGUAAAUCUCCCGUUACACCAUCAUCCGAGCCCUGCCACCUUACUUUAGACUGCCUGCUCUCGCUGGCUGGUGUGGUAGGAGGGUCAUAUACAUAGGGUGUGUAGAUGACGUCGUCGAUGAUACGCGCAUUCGCGUGGUAUGUGUUACGGCGAGCAUUGAAGAACUUCAUCAGAUCCUGAAAGUUAUAAGAGCUUGCUGUAGCAUACGCCGUAACGCGCGGGAGGGAUUUCGCCUUUUUUUUUGUGAGACGCUUGGCAUCUCGACGUGCAGUGCCAGCGGGAAUGCGUGCAAUCUGGUUAUACACCUCAACAUCGUCAGUCUCGUCCUCAUCAUCUCCCUCAUCCUCGUCACUAUCUCCAGUGGCCACAGAGCCUUCAGCGGCAUCCGAGGUGGCUUUGGGUGGUUUGAGCAAUGUUCUUCGUGGGGCAACGGGCUCCGGUUCAGGUUGCUCAGGCAAGACCUUUAGUUUGCCCGUAACCUUCGUGGACCUAUUUGCUCCACGAACCUUCGGCUCGUCGGAAUUCGCUCUCGACUGCGACAUUGGAAGACUGGAAGACAUUGAAAUGGAUGCGAGAGCACUAGCAAUACGAAGUCAAGAUGAGGCAGGGCGAGAGGCGUACAGCAGCAGUGAACGCAAUUCUCAACUAUCACUGCGAUAGUUCCUGUUCCGUUAGGACAGGUCUUG